CAAGUCUUCAACAAGUAUAAUGGAUAUUGAAAAGCACCCCGACGAGAAGGCCGCCGAUGCUGCAGCCGAUGAGCCCGAGUAUCCCGGCUUCGCUAAAGUUGCCGUGAUCAUCCUUGGGUUAUACCUGUCUGUCUUUCUCGUCGCCCUCGACCAAACGAUCAUAGGGGUAGCCAUUCCCGAAAUCACGAACCAAUUCAAGAGCAUUGAGGAUAUUGCGUGGUAUGGCAGUGCAUAUUUUCUCACUUCCACAGCACUGCAACCGUCGUAUGGCCGGCUCUAUAAGAUAUUCAGUGCAAAAUGGGCGUUUCUGUGCGCCGUCUUUCUCUUUGAGCUGGGGUCCUUGAUAUGCGCCGUCGCACCAUCGAGUACCGUCCUUAUCGUCGGACGGGCCGUUGCUGGUAUAGGCGUCGCGGGUAUUUUCUCUGGUGCGCUGGUCAUCAUUGCACUAUGUGUACCCCUACCUAAACGCCCGCUCGUCUUCGGUAUGUUCGGCAUGGUUUGGGGCAUCGCAUCCAUUGCCGGACCGCUGUUGGGCGGCGCCUUCACUGACUCUGUCUCCUGGAGGUGGUGCUUCUACAUCAACCUGCCCAUCGGCGGUGUCUCGAUGGCUAUAGUAGCCUUUAUCCUGCAGCUCCCUGAGCAAAACCUAUCCAGCAAAGCCACUCCACUCCUCGACCGCAUCAAGCAAAUCGACUUCAUCGGCGCUGCCUUGCUGAUCCCCUGCAUCAUCUGCCUUCUGCUCGCACUGCAAUGGGGCGGAAACAAAUACGCGUGGAGCAACGGUCGCAUAAUAGGGCUCUUCGUCACCUUCGGCGUCCUCGCGAUCCUAACCAUAUUCUCUCAAAUCAAACUCGGUGACCGCGCAACUCUCCCACCGCGGAUCAUGACCCAGCGCACUGUCAUCACAUCAACGAUCUACGCCCUCCUCUUCGGCGGCUCUUUCUUUGUGCUUGUUUACUACCUCCCGAUCUUCUUCCAGAGCGUCCGCGGCUCCUCAGCCAUGACAUCGGGCAUUCAGCUCCUCCCGCUCAUGCUAGCAACCGUGGUCUCGUCCGUGCUAACUGGCAUUCUUGUUACGAUCUUCGGCUACUAUACGCCUUUUCUGAUUGCUAGUACAGCCAUUGCCUCCAUCGGUGGAGGCCUAAUAACGCUCUACUCGAUUGACAUCUCCUCGGGGAAGUGGAUUGGGUACCAGAUCCUCCUUGGAGCCGGGGUCGGCGCAGGGUUCCAAGUCCCAAUGACGGCCGUUCAGACCUCGCUUGCCUCCAAGCCCGACGAUAUCCCGCAGGGUACAGCGGCCGUGAUGUUCUUUCAGACGUUGGGCGGCGCACUAUUCAUUGCGGUUGCGCAGUCGCUUUUCCAGAACGGGCUUAUUGAAGGGGUAGUCGAGUAUGCACCGUCUGUGGAUCCAGCGGCAAUCGUUGAAGCGGGCGCUACGGAGAUGAGACAUGUACUUGAGCAGUUGGGGCAACUCGAUCAGUUGGAGAAUGUGAUAUUGGCGUUCUUAGACGGAUUGAGGGACACCUAUCGGCUCAGUUUGGCGUUGUUUCUGGCGGCUUUUGUCGUAUCUUGUUUCUUUGAGUGGAGAAGUGUCAAGGAAGGGGGGAAAAGUGCAGAGGGAGCGGUGCCAGCUUUAUAGAUGGACAGAAUGGUAGACCGAGUUGGGGGUGGCAAAUUGUUUACAGGAUUAUAGAUUCACAUGCUGUAUUUAGCGAU